CCGCAAUUAGGGGAGACUCCUAGAGCUCAGUCGACUGGCAGGAAGGACUCUCAGUAUGCUGAUUGUAGGCUUGGCCAUGCUGCAGACCCUCCUGGCGGGUCAAGGAGAUACCUACCGAUACAUCAGUAAGAAAGGCAACUACACCCAGGGACGGCAAUACUGUCAGGCUUAUUCCCUUGACCUUGCCACGGUGGCGUCGAAGCACGACCUGAAGUUCAUUAAGACCACGUACUUCCCGACAAGAACGUCUCUUUUUUGGUUGGGCGCACAUUACAAUGGCACCUCGUUCAUCUGGCCUGGUGGAGCACCAGUGCUUCACGCGAACUGGGGACACAAUGAACCAAACGACCUGGAGACUGACCAUUGUGUUGCCGUCAGUAGUGGAAUGCUCACCUUGUACACUCGCAAAUGUGAAGAAUCUCACCCCUCGAUGUGCGGAAAAAACGUGUUGAUGGUGGAGAGUGCAUCCUGUGAUGGGGAAGUGAAGAUUGGAGGUCAGGUGUGUCCUGUAACUAGUGUUGACGGUGAGAGUGCAUCCUGUGAUGGGGAAGUGAAGAUUGGAGAAACAACUGAGAACCGCGAUGGUACGGACAGUCUGAAGCAGCGAAUAGCUGUUGUUAAAGAAGAGUAUCAGGACAGUGUUCUAACACUGUGUGGAGACAUGACUUCUAGAACGGGUAACUUGAAUGACUUUACUGAGGAUGACUCAGUUGACCGUCUACCGAUGGAGGAGGACAUUUCCUGCCCUGUGGAAUGA